AUGGCGGCGCCUGGGCAGCCAUCUCCCCAGCAGAUUGCCGCCAUGCAGCAACAGUUCGCUGCUGAGGCCGCAAGGCGUGGCAUGACGCCGGAGGAAUUCGCUAAACAGCAGCGCGAACAGCUGAAUGCCGAAGCCGCGAAGCAUGGCAUGUCCACCGAGCAAUACGUUCAGCAACUGAGAAUGCGAGCUCUCGCUGCUCACCAACAACAGGUUGAGGCCCAACGACAGGGCCAAGGAUCGCCAAAGCCAGGACAACCGGGCCAGCAAGCUCAGCAAGAGGAGCAAGGCCAGCAGGCACCACAACAGCCUCAACCACAACAGACUACGCAUCAAGUCCCUGUGAACCCAUCGAAUCCCCCAGACCCCAAAGCCAUCGCGGUUGCGCAGUUCUUGCGAUCUCAGAACUUGAAGCCGAGAACAUGUAUCAUGGAUGGACAGAGAAAGGACAUGUUCAAAGUGAAACGUGCCAUUCGCGCUCUGGAAUCGCCCGCAUACGCUAAAGCAGCCGCAAAGAAGAACUCUCUACUCCCCCCCGUAACGGACCGUGCAUCAGCAGAGAACGUUUUCAAGCUCCUCCCUCUAUCGCUUCUUGCCUUGCGCGUAUCGAAAGUUGAUCCCCAUGCGGGUCACAACCACGCAAAGCCCAAGAACCGAGUCAAGGGGCUGUGGACCGUCAAGAUUGAGCAGCACCAGGAAACAGACCCUAUGAUGCACUACGUAUGGCUAUACGAGGGACCUCAAUGGAAACAGAAGGCUAUGGCCGCCGUAGUGGUGGCUGGUAUUUUCGCCGUUGUUCUUUUCCCAUUGUGGCCCAUGGUGAUGAGACAAGGUGUUUGGUACUUGAGUGUUGGUAUGAUGGGCCUCCUGGGGUUGUUCUUCGCCAUGUCCAUCUUCCGUCUUAUUCUGUUCUGCAUCACGGUCUUUGCUGUUCCUCCUGGUCUCUGGUUAUUCCCGAACUUGUUCGAGGAUGUUGGCUUUAUUGACAGUUUCAAGCCCUUGUGGGGUUGGCAAGAGAGCAAGAAAAAGAAGAAGUCUAAGAAGUCUGCUGGCGACGUAUCCAAGUCUGUCAAGUCUCCACCCUCUGAGCCAGCCGAGUCUGCCCCUUCAGCGACCACAACGGCAACCGCAGCCUCGGAUACUUCGAGUGCUGUGAAGCGUGACCUGGCCCCUCGAGUUGAGGAGGUGACAGACGAGUAA